AUGAGCAAAAAGUUCAAAUCCCAGGCCUCUAGCAGUCGCGCUGCUGCUAGUGCCUUUGGAUCAUUUGGGGGCUUCUCCGGUAGUUUCUCCGGCGAAGGAAAGGAGACUUCCGCCCUCACGUACAUUGCAGCACCGCCAGAUCUUUCUCGCAUUUCGGGGCAACAACUAGUUAUCGCAUUCAAGAAUCUACUGAAGAAAGAUGAUAUUACACGAUUGAAGGCUCUAGAGGAGCUGCGCGACUAUAUUACAACAGUGGAAAAAAGAAAGGGAACUCUAGAUGAUGGAUUUCUAGAUGCAUGGGUCAGAAUUUAUCCCCGACUCUCGAUAGAUUUGUCUCGCCGAGUGCGCCAAGUUGCCCAUCCUAUACAGGGUACAAUUGCUGGUAUUGUUGGGAAGCGGAUCGUGCCUACUUUACCCAAGGUCAUCGGAGCAUGGAUCGCAGGAAUAUACGACAAUGAUCGACCAGUCCACCGUGCCGCCCUCGAAUCGUUCACCAGAGUCUUUACAACCGAAGAAAAAAGAAACAAUGUGUGGAGGAUCUACCAAAGCUCCAUUUUGGACUUUGUAGAUGAUGUUAUUCUUCACCAAACAUCCUUGACAUUGAGUGAUGAAAGGACAGUGAAGAGAGACGACGCUGAGGGGAAAUAUGCACGUGUUGCAGGAGCAGCAAUUUUGCUUUUCAACCGCGUACUGGGCAAUUCAUCCGAUGAAGAUAUGCAGAAGAACCUACCUGAAAUUGAGAACUUGCUAGCCAGCAGGAGUUUGUGGGCUCUCUGUUACCACGAUGAUCCAUAUGUUCGCCGGUCUAUAUACAUCCUGCUCCGAUCUGCGGUUUCUCGAGAGCCCGGAUGGAUUGACUGGAAGACUCUCAGUUCAGCUGUCAUUGGGAAAUCUUUGUCCCUCCAGCAAAUGGGAUCAGCAACCGAAUUGUCAGAGUCCCUCCUUUUAUUAACUUCGCUAAGGCCUCAAAUAUGGACCGAUGACUACACUGGGAAGUCAUCUGCCUCGAAGAGAUUGCGCCAGUACAUGCAAAAAGGGUCCCAGGGUGGGCAUUCGAACUUUUGGUCAAAUCUAGACCAAUUGCUUCGGGCCAUCCCCCAAGAAGUACUAGCAGGUGCCGACAAGGCCACUGCGGACCUUAGAAUUACUUCUACCAGCGCAAUUGCCUUGACCGAGGCUUUGCAAGAAGGCCUCAACUCGAGAGAAGAGCCGCAUUCAAACCUAGCCGUCGGUUGGAAAUCCUACAUCCAGAUAGGAACAUGGCUUGCAACACUGAUCCCCCAGGAGCAGAAGUCUGAAUUCAUCGCGAAGAGAAUGUCGCCCUUGGUGGUACAUUACGUGCAGAUUAGCCCAGAGCUGAUACAAUGGUCACUCCCGGACCAGUCAGCCGAAGCGAUCUGUGUGGAUUAUGUUUCCACUCUGGCUUCCACUGAGCAAGACCAGGAGCUGCAAUCAUUGUGUACAUCCCUUUCCGAUGGUCUCCUAGAAGCUGUGAAGCUGUCGUCUCCAGAACAAUCAAAGGACUUCCGUGAAUCCCAAGACUCAAUAUGCGCCCAAUCCAAACGGCUUUUGGCUUUGGAGUGUGCUGUUAUCUCAAGGGUCGCAGAUACUGAGGUUGAGCCUCAAGUAUUGGACGUCUUUGAAAAAGCAAGCACUUCCCUUCUCGAGGGUUGUCUGGAAGUUCUACGUACUCGUAACGGGAAGCCGUAUGGAGCUGCCGCCACGGUGCUAGAGUGUGUCCGCAGCCUGCCGUCUGUUGCUAAAAAGUCUCAAGGUCUCCAAAGCUUCGUGCAAAAUGAUGCACCCGAGCUAUUGCUUUCACCAUCCGCUGAUAGAUUGAUUUCAAUCAUCUUGGAAUGCCGGGAAUGGGAUGGAUUCGCAUCCAGCUUCGAGAAUGUCGUUGAGCGAGCCUUGGCCCUGGAGCCAGAGCAGUCCAAUGUGCAUGUACUCCAAAGUUUACUUUCUUCUCUCGAUUUCAACGAUGUUGAGCACAAAGUGAAGCUCAACUCGCUUGUGGUGCGGGCUCUUGUUCUACAAAACAAAACGUCACACGGCGAAUUGAUGAAUCAGAUAUUUUUAUCUUUGAUUGAGGCGUUAUCUUCAGAUGAUAAAGUCUUUGAUGCCUUGCAUGGGCUUUCUCAUAUUGGAAAGUCUGCACCUUCUUCAGUUCGGGAGUUCCAAAAUGGGGCUCUUGGAUCGAAGUUAGCCGGAAAGUUACUUUUCCUCACAGAAUCAUCAUCUGAAGAGGUGGCAAGUUUGGCGUCAGCGUUGCUGAAAUCAUUGAAAGAAUCUGGAGUUGGAGAUACGAGUGCCAAGUCCGCCAUCGAAAUUCUCCAACAUGGGUUCAGUCAUGUGGAUGAAGAAUCAUUGUCCAUUGAAUCACUCCUUGCUAUCGCAGAUGAAUUGUUGCCAGGUCUUACGGCCGAAGGUGCAGCCGGUACUGUGAAGGAUGUCCUGCCCUCCCGUAGUUCAUGGGAGGAAUCUCUGACCCCAUUUCUCCAAAUUCCACCCCGGCCUUCCACUGCUAUUACAAGUCCUCUAGGAGGCGUUGUUCACUUGAUACAGCGUGAACUAUCCGACUCCUUGAAGGCUUUAUGGCCGACUAUUCCUCGCGAUUCAGAGCAUCGUUCUUCUGCAUUCCGCCUGGCAACCUUCACCAUCAGCAUUCUCUCUACUUCUGAGUUACUGAAACAUCUAGAACAGGAGGACCUAGAGACAUUGUUCCAUUUCUUGCCCUUGGUAAUUCAAAUUAUUGACGAUGAUUUGAGUAUUGAGAAUUGCAACGGCAUCUCAGGUCUCGAGUUGGCUGAUCAGCGAGAAGAGUAUAUGGAGAUUGUUUUCGCUGGCCGAAAGGUGGUUAGUAACUGGAUCCGCGACAACGAACCCGUCAGCUUUGCACCCGAGAAGACCGUUUCCUCCGCAUUUUCCGAGUUCUGGGAGACCAGACUAGAGGAACUAAAGGGCACAUCCCCCUUGGAUUAUAGAGUUGGCGAAGCCUUCGUCAAGAUAAUGGCUGUUGCGGAUUCAUCACAAAAGUCUAAAUCAUCAGAGGACGUUGCAAAGAUUUGUAGAGAGGCCCGGACAGCAAAUCUCAUUCGUUCAGCAUCUUGGUUUGCGGUGUUGCGAAGCUCCAUAUUUUCAAACCCCAUCGGAAACAGAAUCUGCAAUGAGCUAGUUGCCGAUUCCACUGGACUCAAGCCCCAGGAUUCCUCCCAAGUUGGAUUGCGGAAGCUGGCUCUGUUGAAUAUCCUAUUAUCCGGGGAAGAAGAUGUCGUUUCCACCAUUCCGACACAGAGAUUGGUUUUCCUCACCAAGAACUUCAUUGAAUGUCUCCAAUCCGACUCCAUGUCUCUGGGUUUGAAAUCCGAAGUCAUCCAAACCUUGUCUCUUGUCCUACCAGCUCUCGGCGAAAUUUAUGGGUCUCAUUGGGAAGAAAGCAUGGCCGUUCUCAAGUCUGUGUUGCAGGGAACCAAUGGGGGCGAAGAGGCUCUACCAUUACUGGUGUCAUCUUUCAGACUCUUCGCACGACUGAAGUCUAUCUCUGAAAGUGACAGCAAUGAUGACGUCCAAGAUGCUUGGUUAGAUCGAAAGGCUGGUCUUUUCAAUACCCUGGCAUCCACCAUUGACACGUUUGAUUCCUCAACCACAUUCCAUCAACCUCGAGAUGUUGCUGUUGACUUAUUGCGACGUCUGAUUAACACCAUCCCCGUUGACAACUUGGAGGAUGUCAGCGAGACGUUCCAUCUUCUUACUGCGCACAGUCGAGCCAUUCAGCGAACUGCUUACACAAUUCUCCAUCACUAUAUCCCCCAUGCUCAGGAGAAAGUAUCUUUUGAGGUCGCCUUAUCAAAGACUGCAGUCAGUCUCCCUGAUGAGCUCAUCUCUCUAUUGCUUGAGCCUCCGACGAUGCAAAUGGUUUCUGCUGGCUACGGAGAUGACAAGAUGUGGACGAGUAUGCGGUCGUACCUCCUCAGCUGGAAGGUGGUAUUUGACCAUUUCUCAAAUGCUUCUCUUCCUGUUCAAGAAUACUACACGUCGAGCAUCAGAGAAAAUAAUAUCCUCAUCCCAUUGCUGGAAUUCACGUUCGACUUCCUUCAAAAAUCGCAUGGAAAGAUGAUCGAUGCAUCCAAAUUUGAUAUUCGAUCAUUUGAGCCAGAUGAGUCUGAGAGUGCCGAAAAGGAGACGCAGUGGCUCCUGGUGAAUUUGUACUAUCUGUGCCUGAGAUACUCUGCCAACAUGACCAAGAAUUGGUGGAUUGACACCAAGAAACGCAUCAAGGGUCCAGUGGAAACAUGGACCGAAAGAUACAUCUCCCCGCUCGUUGUUGAAGAUGCCCUCAAAAGCGUGACUGACUGGAUUGCCACCCAGGAUGCAAACGAAGAGCGCGCACUUGAGGUAAAGAUCUCUCCGAAGACAGGCGAAAUUAUUGCCAGCAUUCCUGUCGACGAAGAGUCACCUCCAGUUGCCAUUUCUAUCACUCUCCCACCCGCGUACCCGCUUCAACCCGCGUUAGUUGUUGGUCGCAGUCGCGUGCUUGUGGACGAGAAGAAAUGGAAGAGCUGGCUGCUAACGAUCCAGGGAGUUAUCAUGUUUGCCAAUGGUAACCUGGUUGAUGGAUUGUUGGCCUUCCGACGAAACGUCCAAGGUGCCCUGAAGGGCCAGAGCGAGUGUGCCAUCUGUUAUUCUGUUAUCUCAACAGACAUGCAGACACCGAACAAGCGGUGCGCCACUUGCAAGAACACAUUCCACUCCGUCUGUCUGUUCCGCUGGUUCAAGAGCAGCAACCAGAGCACCUGUCCUCUUUGCCGAAACAACUUCGUUUAUGUUUAG